AUGAUGGACAAAGCCUCGCAGACCGCAUCUGCGAAUGAACCGGAGAACAGCAACAUACAACCUCAGUCUGAAGAAACUGAGUUUGGAGAUGAGAAGCUGAUUCCCCCGGGCACCGACUCAAGGGAGAUCAAGACCGGAAGAUGUGAAAACCUAGGGGACCCGCUCAGACUGGCUGGAGUUGCUCAAGCAUUGGAAGGGCCAUGUGAAGCCUCAUUUAGCCAUGCCGAAUCAAAGGAAGCACCCCGAUUGGCAAUUCAGGACAUCCCAGCCACACGGAGGAAGAGAGGUGGCCAAAACAUUCGCUGCGUUCACUCAUUUACAGCCAAGAAUGGUAGCACCUACUACUAUGCGACAUCCAGCUUUCUAUGUGUGCGUAUGCAGACAACAACAUGUUGUGAUUUGCCCACGGCCCUGGAAUUCGUGGUUGUACUGGCCGCUGUUAAGGAGCGGGUGUUGCGAAGACCAGACUGCAACUUACUGGAUCGAAUUCAAGUAGCGUUGGAGGAAUCUCUUCGUGAACAUGGUAAGACCCAGGAGCAGAUGGGCUUGCGUUUUUUCAUUGUAUUAUGGAACACUUUUUGGUUUGGCCGAAGACAAGUGGUCUCUCCCUGCUUUCGAAAAAUCAGCGAUUUGGUUGAAGCGCACAAUCGCUUGAGCGAACUCAGUCUUGUGAACCGCAAGGGUGGAAGGAACCGGAUCUUUGCCUUGUGUGAAGAGCAAUGGGACAAGUCAGGCGUGCUGCUGUGGAAACAGUUCACGGAUGUUUUUAGAAGCAUUUGUGCAACAAGCAAGACUCCUCGGGCCCACAAAACAAUGGCGAAGCUUUUGCGCAUCCACUCUGCCAACUCCGAAUAUCGUGCCAAAUGCUUUUCUGUUUGGGAAAAUUGGCGCAUGUCACUUGAGGAUGGACAUGACCAGAGGCAGCUAAACGGAGCCCACCGGCGAGAGCGCAUGGGAAUGCGGAGAGAGUUGAAGGCCAUGAGAAAUGAAGACUGUCUCCGGAGAUCAAAGCGGCAAUUGAACCGUCAGGAACGUGAGCAGCGCUGCCUCACUCGGUUGCAUCAACUCGUCCGGCAGUGGCAAAGGCUGUUGGACGCUGCCGCACGCCGCGAAGAUGCUCGAGAGCGGCGCAGUGCGUUGCGGCAGAAUCGUGGGAGGUAUGGAGAUAGCAACACAGGCCGAUCCUAUCGUUUGCUUUCCGCCAAAGCAUUGGGUUUGGUGGAGGUGCUGGUCAGUGAGAACAGACAAAUUGCCUACGUAAGUGCCGUUGGUCUCGGCUUCGUCGGCUUCGCCCUGCUCAGCGCCAUCGCGGGGAGUCUCAACUUUAUCGGUUCGCUCGGCCGAUCUCAUGGAGUCCGCGGAGCUCGUAGCCCUGUGGCGAUGAAGGCGAGCAAAGAGCUUGGUACUUAUGCUGAGAUCAAGUGGGGAGGAGCUCGACCUCCCAAGGAAUAUGUGGAGGAGAUGAAGAGGUUAGAAGCUCGCAGGAAGAAGAAAUUCCUGCGCUCCAUCACGGACGGUAUUUUGAACCAGACCCUUUGGCUCAGUUUUGCUGCUACACCAGAAGCAACAGCAAGCCGUUUCGGCAUUGAUGAGCGUUUUAUUGCUUACCUGGCGGUUCUCUGCAACGCAGUCUAUGUCCCUGGCAGCUGGCUGUGCACAUGGCUAUUGCGAAGUCAUGGCCUGGCCAAGGUCAUGGGAGUAGCUUGUUGGUUGCAACUGGUUGGUGGCUUCUUACGCUGGCUCUCAGAUCUGCUGCUUCGCCCCCUCUCAGGGCCCUUGGGAUUUCUGGGUCUCUUCUGCGGCCAAGGUAUCGCGGCGGUUGCUUCGCCUUUGAUCAUGAACACCCCAGCUGUUUUUGCAGAUGCUUGGUUUGGAAAACGAGAACGCGAGGGUGUAUUGGCUGCUGGUGCUUUGUCGCCCAUUUUUGGACAGGGCUUGGGCUCUGCACUGGCAGGUUUCAUUGUGACAGGUCCAGAGGCCGAAGGCACUAAAACACUGCUCGCAGGGCAGGCAAUCUUUAGCCUUGUACUUGCCAUAUGGACCCUGAACCAAUUCAUGGAUUCUCCCCGUGCUGGUGUUGCACUGAGUGCAGCUGGCAGCUCCCUCCGCGAGACUUUGCAGCUUCUGUGUCGCCCCCACUUCUUUUUGCUUUUGGUAAUCUUCAUUUGCGGCAUGGCCUUGGCUGCGUCAACCUUGACACUCUUUGGUGAUAUUGCCAGCGGCUGCGGCUACACUUCUACUGAAGCUGGUCUUGCGAGUGGGCUGUUCAUGAUAGGAGGAGUGCUUGGCUCUCUUGGAACUGGAUAUGUCUUGGGAGUAACACGAGCUUAUCGGACCAUCCUGCGCUGUGCUAUUCUGUCGGCAGUGUCAUUUGGAUGCCUUUUUCUUCUCAUGCUCCGUCCUAACAAUCUUGUUGGUCUCUUGAUUACAGUGACCUUCUUUGGCACCUUCAUGAUGAGUUCGCUGCCUGCAUUGCUCUCAAAUGCGGUAGAAGAGACUUACCCGACACCCCCAGAGAUCUCGACCACUCUACUCUUUAAUUCAGCCAUUCUUAUGCAGGUGUUCUUUACCCCGCUGGUGCAAUUCAUCUUAAACCAGGAUGACGACUGUGCGUCUUGGGGAUCCAAGUACAGUUCUUUCAAUAUUUAUUGUGGGCUCUUUGGCUGUUUACUGCCUGCCAUUCUUUACUGUGGCAAGAGCAAUCGGAUGUUGGCCGAGAACGAAGAGGAAGCUUCUUUCACCGGAGGCUAG